AUGCCGGGCUUUGCGCCUCUGACUAGCCGUGGAAGCCAGCAGUAUCGUGCUUUGACCGUCCCGGAACUCACUCAGCAAAUGUUCGACGCCAAGAACAUGAUGGCUGCCUGCGAUCCCAGGCACGGGCGCUACCUCACCGUUGCCGCCAUCUUCCGGGGGCGCAUGUCGAUGAAAGAAGUCGAUGAGCAGAUGCUCAACGUACAAAAUAAGAACUCAAGCUACUUCGUUGAGUGGAUUCCAAACAAUGUCAAGACCGCCGUCUGUGACAUUCCACCACGUGGUCUGAAGAUGUCCGUAACAUUUAUUGGUAAUAGCACUGCUAUACAAGAAUUAUUUAAACGUGUCUCGGAGCAGUUUACGGCCAUGUUCCGCCGCAAGGCUUUCCUACAUUGGUACACCGGUGAGGGUAUGGACGAAAUGGAAUUCACUGAAGCUGAGUCGAACAUGAACGAUCUCGUCAGUGAGUAUCAACAAUAUCAAGAUGCCACUGCCGAGGAGGAGGGUGAGUUCGAGGAAGAAGAGGGUGAGGAAGCUUAA